AUGGGAAGAAGUCCUUGUUGUUCAAAGGAAGGCUUGAAUAGAGGUGCUUGGACUUCUCAUGAAGACAAAAUCCUCACUAAUUACAUUAAGCUUCAUGGAGAAGGAAAAUGGAGAAACCUUCCCAAAAGAGCAGGUUUGAAAAGAUGUGGAAAAAGUUGUAGACUUAGAUGGUUGAAUUAUCUAAGACCAGAUAUCAAAAGAGGUAAUAUAUCGUCUGACGAAGAAGAACUUAUCAUCAGACUCCACAAAUUACUUGGAAACAGAUGGUCUCUUAUAGCGGGAAGAUUACCGGGACGAACAGACAAUGAAAUAAAGAAUUAUUGGAACACGAAUUUAGGGAAAAAAGUGAAAGAUCUGAAUCAACAAAACACCAACAAUUCUUCUUCUCCUACGAAGAUCUCUGCAAAACCGAAAAACACAAAGAUCACACAGAAACAGAACAAUCCUAAGCCAAUGAUGCAAAACUCCCAUGUUAACAAAGAUGAGACAGAGACGAAAUCAGAAACAAAACAGUCAAUGGCUGUGGAUGCAGUGGCGAGUGAUUCGAUGAGUAUCAACAACAACAGAAACGGUUUUCUGUCAUUUCCUGAUGAAGAGAAAGAACUGUCUACAGAUUUGCUGGUUGAUUUCAACAUUGGAGAUGAUAUUUGCUUGUCUGAGCUUCUGAACUCCAAGUUCUCGACUACGUGCAGUUUCGAUUAUAACGAUCUGUUAUCGUCGCCGUGUUCGGAUCAGACUCCUUUGUUCUCUGAUGAGAUUUUGAAGAACUGGACACAAUGUAACUUUGGUGAUGAAACUAAUAUGUCCAACAAUCUUCAUUCUUUCACUUCCUUUCUUGAAUCCACUGAGGAAGUUCUAGGAGAAUGA